AUGUUAUUUUAUAUCAUUGUAUUUCAUAUAACCGAAACUAUCAUUCUAAAGACACCUGCCAUAACCGAAGAAUACUUUAAUGAUGAAGAAAUUAUAAGUCUUGUCCAAUUUGAAGAAAUGGGUGAAAAUGGUAAUGAUUCAUCAUCAGAUGAAGAAUUACCUUUGAUACCAGUAAAAAAUGCAAUUAAUGGUUUAGAAACAUUUAUUAAUUUUUUUGAGCAACAGAAAAACAACGAAAAAUUUAAAAUUGAUGAUUUGCGCAUUUUUAGAAAAUAUUUAGCUACAAUACAAGUAGCUCCAGCAGGACGUUCAUCAGUGGCUUGGCAUUUUAAUGUAUCAGAACCAUCAGUACGACAAAUUUUAGUUAUACAAUCUCCAUCAGCAGUGGCACCAUUGCAAGCUCCUCCUAGGUUAGUACUGCAGCGUUGUAUACUAAGGUCACAUACUUCUCCAUCAGAACAAUCAGAAUUACCAAUACAAACAGCACCUGAUAAAUGUGCACACAUAGUUAAUAAAUAUCAAGAUAUAAAUUUACAUAAAAAUUUAAAAGAGGAGUCUAUUUCCACCGUUGAUGCUCAUUGCACCGACAAAGACACUGGAGAAGAGUGUUGCAAAGAGCACAAUUAA